AUGUCGAAUAUUUCAGCCCUUCCUAAAUGGCCUCCGCAGGUUCUGUUGGAGGCCGGUCGUAACAUCUUUGUGACGCGAGACGCUCGUGAUUAUGCAUUGGGCCAUGGCAUAGUGUACCGAGCCCUUCCUACAGAAGAAGGUGGCCUUCCUCCGCAGGAUACUACCAUCCAUGCCCCAACGACAAUUGUACCAACACCCUUUCCCCGUGUCCUGUUCGAAAAAGCACAAAAAAUCCAGCCAUUAUUCAACAGGCUCUAUGCCAAAGUGGCGAUGGACGACGAAUUCCUUGCGUCUGUGAUGAAGGAUUCGGUGAUCAAGGUGGAUGAUUUCCAGCGUCGUUUGUUCGAUAUUUGGCGCACUGUCAAGGAAGAAGGCCUAUCCCAGCCUAUGCACCUGGGUCUGUUCCGAAGCGACUACCUUAUGCAUGAAGAGGCAGAUGGAUACCUUGACAUCCGUCAGGUGGAGUUCAACACGAUUUCUUCGUCGUUUGGCGCAUUGUCUUCGCGGGUGUCACAGAUGCAUCAUCACCUUUUGCAGAUUGGCGCCUACUCAGCCGGGCAUCCAUGCCUUUUGGCUGAGAAUAUGCCUAAGAAUGAGGCCCUUGACACACUGGCUGCCGGGUUGGCUGAUGGUCAUCGGUACUACGUCGAGCAGGCCAGCAAGGCCGGUCGCAAAGUGCAGCCUGCGAUUUUGUUCAUUGUGCAACCAGAGGAGCGCAAUACAUUUGACCAGCGUGCCAUUGAGCAUGUUCUGUCCGAGAAGUACAAUAUUCCUGUUCUGCGCGCCCCCUUGGACCACCUCUCGACCCAGGCCUCCUUGCACGGCAAUGACCGUGUGCUAGUGAUGCACUCACCCCUUUCUUUGACUCCUACUGAAAUUUCUGUGGUGUACUUCCGAGCUGGCUAUAGCCCCACUGACUACCACAACGAAACUGAAUGGGAUGUCCGUCUGAUGUUGGAACGCAGUUAUGCAAUCAAGUGCCCUACCAUUGCCUUGCAGCUGGCUGGCGCGAAAAAGGUGCAACAGGUCCUGGCUGAGCCGGAUGUGCUGGAACGGUUCAUGGGUAGUAAUGCACAUGAUAUUCGCUUUACUUUCUCGCAACUAUGGCCUUUAGAUGACUCGCCUCUGGGAAGAGAGGCUAUGUCAUUGGUUCAUGAGGAUCCGACGAAGUACGUCAUGAAACCCCAGCGCGAAGGUGGAAGCAAUAACAUUUACAAGGAAGAUAUCUUACCUGCGCUAGAGGCCAUGGAGAAAAGGGAUAAGGACCGUGCCGAUCGUGGUGAAGAUGCCUCUGUGAAAGAGCGGGAGGGCUAUAUUCUAAUGAGCCUAAUUCAUACGCCGAAAGAUCGGGGCUCGAUGAUGCUCCGCGCUGGACAUGGCGAUGUUGCUGAGCAUGUAUCCGAUACGGUAAGCGAGCUCGGCAUCUACGGCACAGCGCUCUUUGGCCCAGAUGCAGAAGAAUCGUUCCGUGAUGGCGGUUUCUUGCUCCGAACGAAAGCGAGCGCAAGCAACGAAGGCGGCGUAGCUGUUGGGUUUAGUGUGAUUGACACACCUGUGCUUGUAUGA